CGUCGCCAUCUAGCGUUCGUCCUUCCAAUGACAUGUACGUAUGCACGAACAUACACACGUACACUCGUGUACGGCGGUGUUGCGUCAGCCAUUGAAUUAGCCCGAAUUCGCACUUGCCAGUGGUGGACCAGUGGCUCUGGACUCUAGAUCGAUCGGCAUCGCUGUCGAACGAGCUACAAUUUUCCCGUGUGACAGGAACGCUCGAUUAGAGAAUUUUAAGCAAAUAUGGGUGUCCCGGCAGGUGAUCCAGAGAAAGGAAAGAAGCUUUUCAUCCAAAGAUGCGCACAGUGCCAUACUGUUGAAGCGGGUGGCAAACACAAAGUAGGUCCUAAUUUACAUGGUCUCAUAGGUAGGAAAACCGGUCAAGCUGCGGGUUACCUAUAUACCGAUGCCAAUAAAGCAAAAGGUAUCACUUGGAAUAAGGAUACCCUAUUCGAGUACCUGGAAAAUCCAAAGAAGUACAUUCCCGGCACGAAAAUGGUGUUUGCCGGAUUAAAGAAACCGCAGGAACGGGGUGACCUUAUUGCUUAUCUUGAACAAGCGACGAAAUAAGUGUCCUACCUCUCCUCCCCGCGUGCAUGCCACCAAUUGUAAAAAUCGCGACAAAUGCGAGGAAGCACGCGCGAAAUGCCAUGCAUGGUGGAGCGAUAUUAGUACGAUUAUCAUCUCAUCACACUCCUCCCACUCAUCUCACUCGUGUUCAUCUCAUGGACUCCCCACUCGAUGGUAUUCAAAGCGUUCGUGAUCAACUAGUAAUGAAUUGUUAUUCUAUUAUUGAUAUAAGUAGGCAAGUAUGUACUAAUAUGAUAGCGGGAUUCAGCUAGCUGAAUCCUGCUUCUUCUCUUUUUCUUCAUCGAAGAAAUGUUCUCAGGAACGCGAAACCAUGCGAAUGGUUGAGCUAUUCCUCUCGCAUCCUGCGAAUUCGCGCGUCCCUAUUUAUUCUCAUUAUAUCGAUUGAGUCAUGCAGCGAGUGUUGAUCUGUAAAUCAAAGACAGAAUACAAACUAGGCAAUUGAAAAUUUA